AUGGGGGUCUGUGGGUACCUGUUCCUGCCCUGGAAGUGCCUCGUGGUCGUGUCUCUCAGGCUGCUGUUCCUUGUACCCACAGGAGUGCCCGUGCGCAGCGGAGAUGCCACCUUCCCCAAAGCGAUGGACAACGUGACGGUCCGGCAGGGGGAGAGCGCCACCCUCAGGUGUACCAUAGAUGACCGGGUCACCCGGGUGGCCUGGCUGAACCGUAGCACCAUCCUCUACGCCGGGAACGACAAGUGGUCCAUAGACCCUCGUGUGAUCAUCCUGGUUAACACGCCAACCCAGUACAGCAUCAUGAUCCAGAACGUGGACGUGUACGACGAGGGCCCGUACACCUGCUCCGUGCAGACGGACAACCACCCCAAGACCUCCCGGGUGCACCUCAUCGUGCAAGUUCCUCCCCAGAUCAUGAAUAUCUCCUCAGACGUCACCGUGAAUGAGGGGAGUAGUGUGACCCUGCUGUGUCUUGCUAUCGGCAGACCUGAACCAACGGUGACAUGGAGACACCUGUCAGUCAAGGACGGCCAGGGCUUUGUGAGUGAGGACGAAUACCUGGAAAUCUCUGACAUCAAACGUGACCAGUCUGGGGAGUAUGAAUGCAGCGCCUUGAACGAUGUUGCUGCCCCUGAUGUGCGGAAAGUAAAAAUCACUGUCAACUACCCUCCCUACAUCUCCAAAGCCAGGAACACGGGUGUCUCUGUGGGCCAGAAGGGCAUCCUGAGCUGUGAAGCCUCUGCAGUGCCCAUGGCUGAGUUCCAGUGGUUCAAGGAAGAUACCAGGCUGGCCACCGGCCUGGACGGCCUGAGGAUUGAGAACAGAGGCCACAUAUCCACACUGACCUUCUUCAACGUCUCAGAGAAGGAUUAUGGGAACUAUACUUGUGUGGCCACGAACAAGCUUGGGAAUACCAACGCCAGCAUCACACUGUAUGAACUAAGCCCCUCAUCAGCAGUGGCAGGGCCUGGAGCUGUCAUUGAUGGUGUAAACUCGGCCUCUAGAGCACUGGCUUGCCUCUGGCUAUCAGGGACCCUCUUUGCCCACUUCUUCAUCAAGUUUUGA